AAAUAAGUAGUAUACCUUUUAUUUUCUUACAGCUCGCGUUUACGGUUCCAGUGGUAGGAGGGUCGUAAUUGGCAUGUUUAUGUCACAAGGUAGAUUGCAAAGCUAUUCCAUGCGAUAACAUUGAUUUGUCUUUCUGUGAGCUAGCGAGCCUCUGUUUGAAGGUUAUGAACAAGAGAUGGCAAAGUCAGCACGUGAAGGAACAAAGGGCAUGGUUUCUGAUCAGAUAUCUCAAGCUGUUUUGUCAACAUCCAAUUUGCUUCACUUAAUGCAAGAAUCAUCCCCAGCUCAGGGCCUUGUGAGACUUCCAAAGAAUCUACUUGGAAAAGCACCAAAUAUUAAAAACACUGAACAGGUGCUGCAUCAAAUGCCUCAUGUCAUCUCCUCUUUGGAUGCCCAUCUAGACAAAGCAUUGCAGUGUGCAUCAGAACUUCAAACUAUAAGGCGUUUGCUUGUAAAUAAAGAGAGCAGUUCUACACGUUUAUCCAUCCCAAGUGAUGAAGAUUCUGCCACUCAAACGUGAAUUACCAAUAUGAAGUGAAUUAUGAUGUCCUCUUGAAGUACAAUUCAAAACAGAAACUGAGGCCUCAAAGAAGUCUUCUACAAGCAGACAUUGAAAGUUACCACAAUUUCUAAGAGUUUGUCAGAGCCACUUAAUAAAAUUUAGGCUUUAUACAAUGUUUUGCUAUAUAAUUUCUUUUUGGAGUAAUUUACUAAUUUUAUUAGUACAACAAAAUCUGUGUUGUAUUUCUGACUGCUAAAUUUGCUGGAGUACCAUGGGAAUGACAGUUUCUUAGCGAUCAGCUGGAACCAGGACUUUCAUUUCUCAAAUGCCACACGUUAAAUUGUUUUUUCAUCAUCAAAUAUGAAUGAUAGAAAAAAACUAGGUAUGUCUCUGCUUUCCUGAAUUGCAACAAAUACUUUCUCUCCA